GCCCGUCUAUUUAGACAUUCUCUUAACCUACUGUCUACUUUUCCGCACUUGUCACAGCCAACAGCAACAGUUCAAAGUUCAACAAAUACCGUAAUGGCCUUCACACUGCAUGUAGGUUGCCCGGUCAGAGUAUUUGGUCAACUCUUCUGUGGCAAUCUUCGUCGGAAAGUGUGCAGCCGAGCUCAGUUCCGAUGGAGAAGCACCAGCCGUCCUGCUCCCCUGUUGAAAGCCAGGCCAGCGCGUGCCCUGAUAGAUGAGCCCAUCAGCAUUGAGGCACGCCAUCUGCCGUCCCAUCGACCCAUCACCGUACGGGCUCACAUGACCAGUGAGGACGGAGAUCUCUGGGAAGCACUGUCUCACUAUCACACAGAUUCACAGGGUGCAAUAAACUUGAUGCGGGAUGCAUCGGUGGGUGGCUCCUAUGUGGGCUGUGAACCAAUGGGACUCUUCUGGGCUCUACAGCCUGCUCUUGGAGGUAGAGAGGGACUCAGACUGCGCAAGAGAGAUGUUGAGACUCCUUAUUCAGUGAGUCUGGCUCUGCUAGAUGGGCAUGUGAAGCCGGAGGACAACAGAGGGGAAGGAUCCGGAGUAGGACAGGAGCUGGCUGCAGCAGUGGUGGAUAGGUGUUACAUGGCACCUGGAGUACGCCGGAUUGAGGUUCGGCAGAAUGGUGUGGUGGGCACCAUGUUUCUCCCACCAGGACCAGGCCCAUUCCCUGCUGUACUGGACCUCUGGGGGAUGGGAGGGGGUCUGGUAGAGUACCGCUCUGCCCUGUUUGCAUCGCACGGCCUGGUUAGUUUCGCCUUGGCUUACUUUGGCCAUAAAGACAUCCCAGGACCCCCAAACCAUAUCAAUGUGGGAGACUCUUACUUCCAGGCUGCCUUCCAGCUCCUGCAGGACCACCCACAGGUGUGUGAGGACAGGAUCGCAUUAAUGGGCCUCUCAUUUGGGGUGUAUCUGUCCCUGCGGAUAGCCUCUCAGCUCUCUGUCCAUCCUAGAUGUGUAGUUGCCAUUAACGGUCCUUUGGGCAGUUUCAACAAAUUUUCAAGUGACGGUGGACUGAAAGAAAGCUUUGAAGAAAAUCAGAAGCACUGGAGUUAUGAUGAGAGGGGUUACGUCAGUUUCAAAGAAGUGUCUUCACCAAGAUCCAUUCCAUUAGAAAAUUAUGUGCAGGUUGAGAACAUGUGCUGCCCCCUGCUGUACAUAUUGGGAGAGGACGACAUGAGCUGUGCUGCUCAGGAGAAUGCAGAUGAGAUUGAGAAAAGACUGCAAGCUGCAGGCAAAUCUCACCUGUUCAGCCGUCUGUCCUACCCAGGUGCUGGCCACCUAAUUGAACCCCCUUACGCGCCCAACGCACGCAUGUCUCUGUGGACAACGCGACCCAAAAAAUUGAUGACGAUAUGGGGUGGACAUCUUGCCAAACAUGCUGCAGCUCAAGAGGAUUCAUGGCAAAGGAUUCUGGAAUUUCUGGAAUGCCAUCUGCAAGGAGAAGGAGUCAUGACAAGCUGAUGUCACUUUGGCAAUAAGAUUUAGGAACCCCUUCAGGUCCAUCCCCAUGUCACCAUUGUGGUCCAGGUCAGAAAAAAGUUGGUCAAGUGUCUCGUCAUCUUCAACUUUCUGUGAUAAAGACAAAAAAACUUUAUAUUGUGGGAUUAAGCCUGAUAUGAACACACUGCAAAUGUUUUUCUAUAAUUUCUAAUAAUGAAUGCCAAAAUAUUGCUACAAACAGUCAUGAGCAGGCCAAGGAGCCUGGCAGGAGUAGGGCAUAGUUACCAAGGAAACGUUAUGCUAUUGUGUUAAAGCAAAGACAGUGUGCACUCACAGCAAGUUCCAGGU